AUGAAGAGCGUCCUCUUUGCCUUGUGCGCCAGUCUCACGACGGCGUUGCCGACUGAGACCCUGCAGAAGUCUCAGUUGUCUUCACGGGACGCCGAAGACCUGCCGGCUAUUGGUCUCACCAAUAUCACGCGCAUCGAUAUGGGCGACAUAAAAGGCCGCAGCCUAUCUGGCCCUUUCAUGGGAGUAAACUUCCCGGACCCAUCGAUCAUAUACGGAGACGGGUCUUGGAAGGCGUAUGCCACGUCGUCAAGCGGCAAAAAUGUGCCCGUUGCGACCUCGUCAGACUCCGUCUCCUGGACCCUCACGGGCAACGAUGCCCUGCCCAACCCGGGCUCGUGGGUUUCGUCUAGUGACCAGGCUAUCUGGGCCCCUGACGUCCAGAAGAACGACGCCGGCGUCUACGUGAUGUACUAUAGCGGCGUGGCGACGUCUCCCACGGCCGUGGGGCCCUUCACGGCCAACAGCGCGCCGCUGAUCUGCGACGCGGCCGGCGGAGGCGUCAUCGACCCCUCGGGCUACGACGACGGCGUCGACCGGUGGAUCGCGUGGAAGGUCGACGGCAACAACCUGGGCGGCGCGACGACGUGCCAGAGCGGCACGCCGUCGGGCGAUUACAAAUCGACGCCGAUCCGGAUCCAGCGCAUGGCGCGCGACGCCGUCACGCUGCUUGACAGCGCCAAGACGAUCCUCGACAACGAGGGCGCGGCCAACGACGGCGUCGUCGAGGGGCCCGCGCUGUACAAGAUCGCCGACGGCGACUUCGUGCUCUUCUACAGCGCGCACUGCUACGCCGGCGACGACUACGACAUCGAGUAUGCUUUCUCGAGCACUAUCGAUGGGAGUUACACGAACCGCGGGAUCCUGCUGCGCACGGUCGAUAAUACGGGGAUAUACGCCCCCGGUGGGCUGGAUCUGGACCCUAAUGGGCGGUCGGUCGUUUUCCAUGGACGGCUGGCGGGGAAUCAGGGUGGGGGUGGCACGAGGGAGUUGUAUAGUGCUGAGUUAAGUAUCAGUGGGCGGUCUGUGUCGUAUUGA